AUGGUUCAAGAAGAAUUAUCCUUAUUUAGGAUUACCACGGGGUAUUUUUUUCUACUAUGGUAUAUAAUUAUCCUUGUGGCAGCUUACAGUGGAUUUUUCGAAAUUUUGUUCAAUUUUAGAAAUCGGCCAAUAUUACAUACAAAACAACAAGCUAAUCACCAAAAUGACCCUGAGAGUGAUGAUGAGGAAAUAUAUGAAGGAGUAACAAUUAUACGACCAAUCAAAGGUAUAGAUCCAGAGUUGACAUCGUGUUUAGAAUCUUCAUUCUGUCAAAAUUAUCCAAGAAGUAAAUUACAGAUUUUGUUUUGUGUUGAUGAUCCGAAUGAUCCUUCAAUUCCUAUAAUUCAAAAAUUGAUAGCAAAAUACCCAACAGUUGAUGCCCAAAUUUUAACAAGUGAAAGUUAUAACUCUCAAACGAAAACCAGUGAUGACCAUUAUGGACCUAAUCCAAAAGUUAAUAAUUUAGCAAAGGGGUUCGUUCAUGCCAAAUAUGAUAUUUUGUGGGUGAUGGAUAGUAAUGUUUGGGCAAGUUCUAAUAUUUUGAAAAAUUCCGUAAUUUCAUUGAAUGGUAAUUUAAAUAUGUCGAGAAAAAUGGGACAAUCUAGACCAGUGAAACUAGUUCAUCAUGUACCAUUAGCGUUAAGUAUCAAUAAUACAACCAGAAGUGAUGAUUUCAUUGGUGGUCAAGAUUUAGAAAUUACAGCUAUGACCCCUGUUCCUUCAUCUGAAUCCCUUAAUUCACAAUUAGUGAAACGCAAACUGUCACCGAAAUCUAACAAUUCUUUGAAUGUCCAUCCAGGUUUUACAUAUUCAAAGUUUUCAAAGAAAUUGGGGGCUGAACUUGAUGAAAUGUUUUUACACACCUCCCAUUCCAAAUUUUAUGUGCUGUUGAAUAAUUUAGCAGUGGCACCAUGUGUUAAUGGAAAAUCUAACAUUUAUCGCCGUUCAGAUUUGGAUCAAUCAGUUAGAUUAAUUCCUCAUAAGGACUCUCCAUUUUUUAAAGACCCUAAAGUGAAACAAGAUGCAGGGUAUUAUACUUCGUUAGGCGUUGGACAUGCAAUUAAGUUUUUCGCAAGAUACAUUGGAGAAGACAAUAUGAUUGGGAUUGCACUUUGGGAAAAUACUCAAGGAAGAACCGGAUUAACUGGAGAUGUGGUUGUGCAACCGUAUAGUGGGUCAGAAAAUAAUGCCGUUAAAGAUUAUAUUCAAAGAAGAGUAAGAUGGCUUAGAGUCAGAAAAUAUAUGGUUUUGUUAGCAACGUUGAUUGAACCAACUACUGAGUCGAUUAUCUGUGGCAUCUAUGGUACUUAUGCCAUUUCAACUGUUUUUUUCGGUACUUGGUUCAAUAAGUACUGGUUUGUUAUGCAUAUGCUUAUAUGGAUGUUGACAGAUUAUGUACAGUAUCACACAUUGAUAAACCAUACAUUGGAUGUUAAAAAUAUCACUUACUUACCUAAUUGGUUAAAUGAGUCCAUCCCACCUAAACAAAGAAACUGUUUGCAAUGGGGAUACAUUUGGAUACUAAGAGAAUUGUUGGCAUUACCUAUUUGGAUAAUUGCGAUGAUAGGACAUGAAAUCGAUUGGAGGGGAAGACCGUUUAGGAUUAAGAAAGAUUUAACUGCUGAAGAAAUGUGA